AUGCCGAUCGCCCCAGCACGUCUCGCCGAGGAGGCCAACCUUCAUUGGGUGGAUAAGGUAUAUGUGACUACCCAGCUUAUCCAAGCUCGCAAGGAACUCGCCUGUCCCUCUGGCCUCAACUCAUGCCCAGCAGCCCAAGGCGGAGGCUGUUGCCCGGAUGCCUAUGCUUGCGCAACAGACUCAUGCUAUGCUACAACAGCUGCCGCUGGUACAGCGUGCGGAUUAGCAAGCUAUUACCCUUGUCCGUUCGAGAAUGGAGGUUACAUAUGUGGCAAUAAUGAUUGCACGGCUCCAGCGGGCCAGACUCCUUCUAAACAAUGUCCCACCGGCUACUACCUGUGCCCUCCUUCGGACAAUUAUGGCUGCUGCAAGAACGGCAUGGGAUGCGCCCUAAACGCCUGCUAUUCUACCGAUCCGGUCACGACAACUAUCACAAAAGUUCUGACCACAACGUCAAGUGGACAGUCGCUCAUACGCACCGUGACAUCGACUACGGUCGUCUCACCCUCGUCACCGACUAAUCUCCCUUCAGACAACCCUUUGUACUUUCCGAAAUUGAUUUAUUCCUCUCUACCAAAAGCAUCUCCAGUCGAUACAUCUUCCCAAGGAGGCGGCCUCACUACUCCACAGCUCGGAGGGAUUGUGGGUGGUGCUAUCGCUUUGCUACUCGCCAUUCUGAUCGCCGCCUUCAUCAUAGUGCGGAGGCUGCGACGCACCGCUAGGCUCGUGGAGAGCCAGAAAGGCUCCUCCGGAGGAGAUCGCAAUAGCCAGGCUAUGGCAGAGCGACGUCGAACUCCUGCCCCCUCAACCACAGCCCGCACUGAGUCAAGCAACGAGCCCGAGUCCCGCCAACUCCUCCGGGGCCGCGCCGCUUCCGACACCUCCGGGUCGACCUCGCAGACCCCCCUCCCAUCUAGUUCGUCAGAUAUGAGACACGCUAGUAUCGACUCCGCCGGCGACUACUUCGACAUCCCCCCGCAGCGGACGUAUCCCGGGCCGGCUGCCGGCCGCAUCCCCCUGCGCAACAGCGUCGACUCGAGCAAGCAGCACGGCCGCCAGCCCAGCGACGCGAGCGAGCUGUCCUCGGACGGCAGCAUGAGCUUCGGGUCCUUCCUCAGCCCCGCCGAGCUCGACGCUCCUCCCGGGUCCGGCAUCCCCGAGAUGCCCGGUUCGAGCUUCUCCCCCAUCGGGUCCCCGCGCCGGCCUACCUUCUUUGCGCACCAGCGGCGGCGCAGCGACGGGCAGGCCCGCGAGCGCAACCUCAGCUUCGGCGGUGGCGGCGGCGGCGGCGGCGCGUCGUCCGGCAGCAACCCGCAGCAGUUAGGUCAGCAGCUGGGCGUGGUCAGCGAGUCGGUGGAACACUUGCAUGGCUACUUUGGCCCGCCGCACGUGGCUUCUGGUCACACAGGGGUCGGGGAUGGGGAGAAUCCGAGGGGCGGUAGCCAUCAUCAAGCGAGUGCACAGUAA